UUGGGGGCAUGCAAGACCCCCCCCCCCCCCACCCCCCUAACACUUUAACAGCACCACUCUUUGUUAUGUCACUGUCUAAAAUUGGAUUUCAACUUUGAAUUUCUAAUCCAAAGGGAUAAGACAAAAAUAUUUGCAGAUUUCUUAUUUCAAAGUAUUUUUACCUAACUCCCUAACUCUGCUCUAGCUGCACUGCACGUUGCCCAACGGCCUUCCACCAAAGGGCCAGGCCGACUCGCCCCGUGAGCAAGUGACCGCGUUCGCGUAAGUUCACCCGAAGCCACGACUAAAUUCUGACCAUAAACAUCACCUAACUAAUCACUCUCUGACAAUAUUUCAAAGUAUCUUUUAUGACAGUCGAUCCUUUGGGCCAUUAAACGAUAAUAUUUCCAAUGUUAUCAUGACAAACAAUUUUAAUGAGAUAGUGGCAUUGUAGAAAAAACAAAUUUAUAAGCACGAAAUGGCACCAGAUAUAUCAUCAAACAUACAGCGCAGCGUUCGGGACUGGUGAGUGGUACGGCUCGCUUGGAGUUUUCGCCCCGACGAAUUCGGCGAAAACGUUACCAUUGCGCCGUGCGAAUGUUCAAUCUACGGCUCUCAAUCAGAGACUUGAAUGUCUCUUUUCGCAUUAUCGAAAAUGUAUCAUACACUUUGUUUGGUUUGUUUACAAGUAAGUUGCAAAUCCGUCGUGAUAAUUAGGAAAAUCCACAAUGUCUUCUUCUAAUUCUGUAAAAAUUACGUCUUCAAUGUACCUGUGUCAGAAAAUUGCCGAAAAUCGUAAAAACUUGCCUAAAAUUUCUCUUUUUGAAAGUUCAUCCAUGGUCUGGAAAAAAAUGUUAUAACUUAUGUAGACAUAUACCGUGAACAAAUGCAUCCUCGAUCACUAAAAUGAAGUAUUUGCUAAGAUUUUUUAUCUCAGGCCGCGUUACCAUGGCAACUUUGAAAAAUCCUUAUUUUUUAAGAAUAAAAUUCUGGUUUUAAGGGUCAUUUUAGAGACAUAAAACUUACCCUAUUUUGAAGUAUUGGGUUUAAAUUUCACAUAAAACUGAAUUAUCUAUGUUUAUACUUUCGUAUAUGAAUAUUCAUAUUUCUUGUAGAAUCUUAGUUUUUGAUUGGUCAAUGUUUCAGUCACGGCUAAUGACUGAGUGUAAAAAAAUCUGAAAAUGCGCAUUUUAUCGGCAACCAACAAGCAAGAUGGCGGAACACAUUAAGUUGGCGCUAUGCACGUACGUGGGGCCAGCGCAGCCUAGGCGCCUAGGGCCUUUAUGGCCGGCCGUCGCCGCACCGACCGCGCGGUCUCAGGAUUCAUUAAUUUUGGGGGAAAAUAUAAUUUGGGGGAGAUUUUUGUUGAUCAUGGAGAAACAAAGUAACUUAUCAAGAGCUGCAUUCGCCAGGCAACCAGGUAAAAAUCUGCUCUCAUAUUAAGAUCAUAUUGAUUCAAAUUUUUUUCAUUUUAACGUGAAAUUGGGAUUGAUAAAAAAAAAAGAUAGUGAGUGACUGUGUCUGAGACUGAGUGAGAGAUGCGGACCGCAUUGCUCGGGUUCUCAUAACCCAGAGGCAGAGAGCUCCGGCCCGCGGGCAGGAGCUCUAUGGGUUAGGGUUCUCAGCGCUAGCUCGGGCCUCGGCUGGCCUGAAAGAAGGGCGCCUGUGCUGGCCAACCGUCCAGCGGUAGUAACGCGGGCCUAAAACAAGUUAACUAAGUUAGACCUAACGUUACUCAUUCAGACUACCGUGCAGCGCUGUUCGGGCCAGACUAAGUCACUCUUUAGUCCACAUUAUUAAGGUUUAACGACGUUAGACCUGCACUGCCACUGGACGUGUCAUCUAACUUAGAUGUGGAAUCACUGAAAAUAUGGUACCAAACUGUGAUGUAGCAUGAAUAUUAAAUGUGGAGCAAAUGCCAAAAAAGUCUGGUGGUUUUCCUUUUCAAGUUCUCUUUUCUCCCAAAUCCCAAUUAGAAUUAGAAUUAAAUUAACGUUAGACACUGAACUUCUGAAGAUGGUCUAACGUUACAAUUAGGUUAGACCUGCAUGCCAUUAGUCUUGAUUAGACAUAUCAUAAUUAGAUGUGGAAUCACUAAAAAGGUUGAUCUGAUUGAUGUAAUGUCAUGUCAUAGAUAAUUAUAUCUAGUACAUACUACAUGUAUGACGUAGAUCGAUUGAAAAAAUUCAAAACUUAUUACUUAAGUGGGACAAAAUUCUUAGUAUCUUACUUGUGAUUUAAUGAACGCUAGCCUAGAUCGAGGUGAGAGAUCUACAUGGUUUGUUGUAACGGGGUGAUGAUCUUGGCUGCAGGAUUAAACUGCAGAUAAUCCCUUUUUUGCAGUCCUUUACUUCUUUACAUGGGGGUCUUGACUGACUGAGCACUGGGUCUUUACAGCCUGUGCUGAGCUGUCAGAUUAUGACUCGAUAAACGUUUCCAUACCCAUUCUUAUCAACGGUCUAUAUCAUGAAUGUUUGUAUGUUAGAAUAUUAUGGUUAUAUGAAUGUGUAUUUUCUUAUUAAUAGCUGACAAAGUAUGUAAUGAUAAUAAUACUCAUAAUGAUGAUGGCAUUGACAAUCAUGGUGAUGAUGAUAACAGUUUUAUGAUAAAAAUGACGAUGAUGUUAAUAAUAAUCGAAAUAAUGAUAAUGAUAACAAGAACAAUAUCAAUAGCUAACAAUAAUAAUUAGAAUUGCACUUGAUAUAAAUAAUAUUGAUAAUUAAUGAUGAUCAAAACAACAAUAGUAAUUUAUGAUGAUGGUGAAAAUAGCAGAAAUGGUUAUCAUCUUAAUGAUAAACUUGUUUAAUGAUAUCAGUAGUAUUGUGAAAAAAAAUUGUCACCACUAUCUACUUUGUAUCAAUAGCCCGGAUACUGUUGGUUGAUUUCUCCCAACCAUUCUCUGCUGAGAUCUGCUAUGACCUCCACCAAGCCCUGGAACAUACCCUAGCCCUGGCCUGUAAUAUGUCUGGACCCGCUAGGAUUCCAUUCUUUGGACUGUUCGCUCUUGGUGCUCACUCAGAGAACCUAUUUCCACUGCAGCAUGUUAAAGGGAACUUCUCAAGGCUCCAGAAUGCUCUUCAUGAGUUAAAAACCUUUGCCAUCUCACAGGACAGCAACCUCCCACAAGCCUUACAGGAUUCUGUCACGCAAUUCAAGCGUCAGUCACAGACUUUGAGACAGACAACAAGUUUUAGUUGUCAGUUGGAAGUCAUCAUCAUAACCUGCAAGCAAGGAGGAGAAGUCUCCAAACAGCUCGAUCAAAUACUCACUGAAAUGGACCUGGAGAGUCUUAGGAAGAUUCUUGUUGUGAGUCUGACUAGUUCUAGUCAUGACAGUCCAAUCAAUUCUAGUGCAUCAUCUGACAACCUCACCGGCAUACUGGAUGUGACAACUAUCGAACCAGGAGAGCUAAGUUUCCAGUCAUUUUUCACCGGCUGGUUUCACAAUUGUGGAACUGACAGAGAACAGCUACAUCUCUUGUUUCCAAACGGAGUAAUGUCCUCAGACAAGCUGGUGCUCAAGUGUGACUUACAAGAGAGAUUUAUUGACCCUGCAUUACUACCCUUCAACGCACAGUUUCAGGUGAUUAUGAGUGGUCCACCAACAAAAACAUCUACAUCAUCCAUGCAAGGAUCUACAGUAACACAAACCACCCCAGUCAGCAGACUACGGGUUAUGCAGAUGGUUAAACUCCAGGGAAUAUGCGAUUCACUGAUGUUUGGUCAGCCGAUGAUUGCACGGCCGACAGCAUGCUGGAAGCUAGAUUGGGAAGAACUAGAUUCAAAUCAACAGAACUUCCAUGCCCUUUGCCAUCACCUACAUCACAGGGAGAUGUGUCUUGUUACAAGACUUGAGCCCAGUGAACUCCCAACAUACCCAAGCAGUUCUACUGUCCCUAAACCUAGGGGUCAUUUCAUAAUUUUGCCUUCACCAUCAACGUCGCUUCUAAUCAGACCUGUAGCAGUCAAUGAACUUAUGCUACCAGGAGACUAUCAACUACCAUCAGAAACACCAGUUUCUGAUAGUCUUCAUCUAGUUUCACAGUAUUUAGAUCAACUUGAAGUCCUGGAUAAGUACAACCCAUUAAUGAAUCACUGUAACCUAACAUCAAGUUUGGUUGGAUUGAUGACCAAGACAUCGACAAGACAGCCAAGGAAACAGAAACAAACAGCCACUGGUUCUUUUCAGCCAGCAUUUGACAGAGGAGGAAGAGGAAGAAGAAGAGGAUCGACCCGUCCUCAUCAGUUCCAACCCGCAAGUAAUCUCCUCAACCAACCACUGCAAAAGAAAUUCUGUAGCCUUCCAAUGGAGACAGAUACAUGUGAUUUUGAAUUGUAAACUAUAUGUACACCAUGCAUGGAAGAUUGUUUGAUUCAAGUGUCCCGGAAUCACCAACAAUCAUUUCUUAACUUGAAAGGAUGCAAUUAAGUAAACAAUUGGGGAAUACAUAUCUGGACAAGUAGAUACAGGUGUCCAAUCAUUCACUUCCUAAAUCUUUGAACAUGGGACUUGUUGCAUGCAUGUCUCAAUGAUUAGAAAAUGUGUAUGUUUACACACUCAAUGACUGGUGUCCUAAAGGAUGAAAUAUCCUUAAGUUUUAAUCAUUUUGUUACUACUAGCGCAAGGUUUGGUAAUCAAAUUAUUGAAUAUCUAACAAGGGUAAAUAAUGAAACUAAGGGAACAGUUUGAAUUAACUCACCAAAUCUCCACAUGGUUGUCCAAGAACUGAUGCUGAUGUAUUUGUGAAGUCUUGAAGUAUGAUAUUAACAAAAUAAUCAUCAUGCAGGAAAAAAUGUCUAUUAAUGUAUGAAAACUGGCUGGAAGAGGAUCAGUCCGUGAUGUUUCGGUGAAAUGCAACACAAAAACGUACAGUAUGUGGGAAUCCAUUUCAUAAUAAGUUGCAUCUGGAGCUACGAGGUAUGACGUCCAUAGUAUAUAC